AUGUAACACUCUUUUGAAGGAUGCAUCAGUAUUAAUCUUCACAAUGUUUUCGGGUGGUGUCCUCCAUCGACACACCUGGGUGCACACUUGCUCCUUUCCUUUGCAAACAAACGUUUGCACUCAUCUGCAUGUCUCCUAACCGCAAAAUAAAUUUGGUCAAUGGUUUGGUAACGCUCACCGUGAUUUUCCCUGUUUCGCUCAGACCGCCAGCUCCAAAGCAAGGCGACAAACUGAAGUUUCUCCAUCUUCAGUACCAGCAGGAUCUGCUCUAGCAUUUCCACGGCUGAACAACAAGGCAAUAGUUUCAGUCUCACAUCUUCCAGUAGAAAAGCUCUCCAUCUUUGCUUCGCAAAUUUUCAAGAUAGGAAAAGAUGUCCUCAGUCUUCAAAAUACUUUUUACGAACCGCACAUCUGGCGUCCAGCUCUACACCUCCUCGUGCAAUAUUCAUAUACAUUAGAUGACUGUUAUCAGCAAGUCUCCACAAAAAAAUGGUGAACUUUUGGUUGACAUUGUACCUUCCAGAUUUUUCUGAAAACUUCAUGCUUCAAAGGCCUACUUUCUCAACCUUGUCUCUCCAGUCUCACAGCCAAACGUUGCUCGAAAUCAACAUGCACUUUGUAGGCAGAUUUAACUGAAAAUAGGCAUCUGUUGUCAAAGAGCCAGGCAACAAAAUCUUCAGUACUUGGUCUGAGAGGGAUGCUCGGUAUAAUCGGAAUAUCCACAGCUUGAAAAUGCUGCAUGAUCAGUUGCUGGUUCCAUGAGCCUGUAGCCUCAUCACUUAGCUCCGACACCAUCGCAAGCUCACAGUUUCCUUUGUGUGUAAAUGGUUGACGUGUAGGUAAACGAAUGUGACAUUGCCAUAUACGGAGCAUAACCGUACGUCUAGUCGAUUUACAGCUGUUGGGACCAACUUUGUUCUAAAUAGUAUUCCACGACCGGCAAGUCCUUCGUAUCCGAGUCUGUUUCCUAAAGGAAAAUCCGCAUCUGACUGCUGGAUGUUGCUGAUUAUCCGAGUCUGACUGGAUGUUGCUAAUAUCCGAGUCGGGAAGCUACCACGCUAGCUGGCCUACUAUAAAGGUACAGGCACGUACCUGCCUUGUUCAUCGUCAAACACCAGCCGUGAAAGCAUACAGCAAUCAAGCCCCAGAAUCGAUCAUAUCUCCUCGCGUAGCUCAAGCUGAGGUUAAUUCAAUCCAGUUGUUCCAGGCCGGCCGAACGAGAUGAACAUACGCGCACUUAUACCUCGGGGCAUGGCAUCUCGCAAGGUCAUCCUGGCAGUGCUUUUCCUGCUGUUAUUGUUCAUCUUCCCGGCAAUUGCCUUUGCAUUUACAGGCGGCAUGCAUACAGAGUCCGUGCACCGCAGACUGGGAGAGAGGAGCGUCAAGGCCGAUACCCUAAGCCACAGACCUGUCCAGCGACAUCGCAAACUUGGUCAAGAGACCAAGCCUCCUCAGGACGCCGAGUUCAACGUGGUUAGCUACGGAGCCGUUGGCGAUGGCAAAACUGAUGACACCCCGGCGUUUCAGAAAGCUUGGGCCGCGGCUUGCUCAUCGUCUACGCCAGCAACCAUGCUGGUUCCGAAGGAGAAGAACUUUCUCGUCAAGCAGACCACCUUCUCGGGGCAGUGCAAGUCAAGCGUCAGAUUCAAGCUCGACGGAACGUUGGUAGCUCCUGGACGAUCAAGUUGGCCGAAGGCGAACAUGAACAAGUGGAUCAUGUUUAGCAACGUUGAUAAGCUAACCGUGUCAGGCGAAGGGACCAUGGACGGGAAAGGCAAAGUAUGGUGGAAGAACUCAUGCCGAGUCGACAAGAACCUCAAGUGCACAAAGGCCCCCACGGCGUUGUUGCUUAGCAAGUGCAAUCACUUGAAGGUAGAAAAUAUCAGGCUCUUAAACAGCCAGCAAAUGCAUAUGUCCGUCAAAGAUUGCAAGGACGUAGUUCUGAAGCAUAUCACGAUCGUUGCGCCCGGAGAUAGCCCUAAUACCGAUGGCAUCCAUAUUGCCCGCACGAAGGAUAUACAAGUCAUGGAUUGCAACAUUAAAACCGGAGACGAUUGCAUAUCCAUCGAGACCGGAACUGAGAACUUGUAUGCCUCAAAGAUAACAUGCGGCCCGGGUCAUGGAAUCAGCGUCGGAAGCUUAGGUGACAAAAAUUCUGAAGCUCGUGUUUCCAACAUAACUAUCAACAAAGCACACCUCAUUGGCACGACGAAUGGUGCCCGCAUAAAGUCGUGGCAAGGAGGAAAGGGAUAUGCCAAGAACAUCACAUUUGAGGAUAUCAUCAUGGAAAAGGUCAAGAAUCCAAUAAUCAUUGACCAAAACUAUUGCGAUAUGAUGCCUAAGGCAUGCAAGAAACAAACUUCGGCGGUGGAGCUAAGUAAUAUUCAGUUCAAGAAUAUAAGAGGCACGAGUGGAACAAAAGAGGCUAUCAAGCUAGACUGUAGUGACACCAUCCCAUGCCAUGACCUUGUGCUGCAAGAUGUGAAGCUUACGUUCAGCGGGCAUGGCAAAGGUGCUACAAGUACAUGCAAGAACGCGAAGUUAAAGAAAUCGGACAAUGUUAUUCCAAAGACAUGCUGAGACAACAAGACAGGGCUGAUGUAGAGUUUGCUUUUUUGUACUCAAUUAUACGAUUUUCCUUCAUUUAGGUAUUUGUUUGUCGCUUCGAUUUUUCAUAUUUGUAAAGGUAGCCUCUUGUGUGGUCAGAAGACAGGAUCUGAGAUUUAUGUUACUACUUCUAUGUAUAGCAUACAUGA